UAGAACACAUCCAUGUUGAGGGCGGUCGCAAUGCUAAUGCUACCGAUAGCACAUGUAUUUAACUGUGCACACGGCUCGCUCCACUCAGCUCGUUCAUGUUUAAUUCCGCGUGCUCUCCUGAGAGGAUGACCAGAAGGAACCGGUUCAACUCCACCGUCCCAGACGACGAGUACCUCGCCGACAGUCACGUGUCGUUCUACCUGAGCGACGCAGUGACGCAGCUGCUGGAGCAUAAAGAGGAGUACAGCCAGUUUGGUGUGGUCCGCUACUUUGCUGAAUAUUUCAGCAGUGUGAAGAACAGUAACCACGUGCUCUUCAGAGAGUAUAACUACAUCCGGGCCACGCCCCACAACAGAGCCUCCUUCAUCCGAGUCUUCUGGAGAUGCUACAGACAGAUCGGCAAGAGCGGAGACCUGCUGUCCAUGCUGGAGUACCGGUCGCUGCUGCAGCUAUUGUGUCCAGACUUCCCUCUGGAGAUGGUGCAGAGUGCAGCCAGAAUUGUCCUGGUGGAUGACGCCGUGGACUGUCUGAUGUCCUUUUCUGAUUUCCUUCACGCCCUCCAGCUGCAGUUCUACUACCCGGAGUUCCUGGACAGCGUGUUGGUGAUCUACCAGGACCUGCUGGCGGGGAAGAGUCCCAACACCGUCAUCGUGCCCACGUCCACCUCCGUCGAGCGGCUCCCCCCUGUGGCCGCGGAGGAGAACGACAAGGAGGAGGAGGAGGAGGAGCAGCAGCAGGAGGAGGAGGAGGAGGAGGAGGAGGACGGAGUGGAGCCGUCCACUCUGGCUCAGUGUAUCGAUGCCCUGUGUGACCGCUUCAAACGCAGUCAUCCUCCCAGGUCCUGCAUGAGGGAGGUACUCGGCCAGACCAACAAAGUCUCUUACUACAGCUUCCUCAUGAGCCUGGCGAAACACGAGGCCGUCAACCAAACUAUCGGGGCCUUACCCAGCAUGGCGGAGUUCCUCAUCGACCCCGAGAUGGACCAGGAGCUGGACAAACUAAUUGCCCAGAUCUCAGUGAGUCCCAGCAGCAGCGGCAGUGCGGUGGGGGGGCUGAAGGAGGUGCAGAGGAGGGCGUCGCCCAGGAGGAACGUGCACCACAGGAGGAAGAUGGAGGUGGAAAGCGACGGUUCCACGGAAGAGACAGACUCCUCUGAAAACUGAGUGCGACGUGUCACCUUCCGUCUUAAGUCGCGAUGAGUCGUAUAACUAAAAGGUGGUUAUCAACGGUAUCACUCCAGUGUGUACUCCAUUUCAAAGUAUUUACAAUUCAACCUGUAUUUCACUAAAAGUAUUUCACUAAAAGUGAAAAUAAGAAAGUACGUAUGAGGUUAGCUGCUCCAUAUCAUGCGAAACAAAGCAGGUCUCAUUGCUGGUUUUACAGAGUGACUCCAAUAAGAGAGGAACCCGUUGCCUUGGGAGUACAAUGACUGACUGAUGAUUGAUAUUUGAUCAAAAAGCUACAGUUGUUUGAAACCCUACUGUAGUGACCCUGUUGCCUAUCAAAAUAAAGGACAAAAUGGUUGCUUGGAGGUUUAGUUUCCCCGCGUGCAAUAAACAGAUGAAAUGUCCAGUUUGCAAUGAGAAAAGUUAUUUAUUCAUAAAGUUGUACGGCUUCCAACACAAACCCAAAUGUACAUUUCUUGUCCAAACCCAUGUGUCUGUUCCCAACAAAUUAAAGAAAUCAAAACAC